AUGGCGGCUGCUUCGUCAGGUAGGCGGGCACAACCUGGUGUAGCUCUUGAUAUGGGUCACCAACCCUCCAAACUCCACCUGGGAAUGACAUCCCACUUGGGGCGGCUCUGCAUCUCUGCUCCACCGGAUGGCCUGCCAACCAAUUCAUUGGUGAAUUCGCAGCAGCAAGAUGAGAGAAUGGCUGAGCAGCAUGAGCCAAAUGCUAAGAGAGCCAGGCUUGGUCCAAAAGGAAAUGAGGCAAGUUCCAAUGAGAAGCUGGAGGUGGAGACAACCGGCCCUUAUUGGUCCCAGUCCGAUCCAUGA